AUUCUUUUAAAUUACAGGAACUUGGGCAAUCCAAUAAUUAUUUUAAUUACUGUUAAUAUUUUUGGUAUGUUAUAGCUUAUAAAAUAAUUUUGUGAAAUGUGAGACAACAUUACCAGAUGAUGAAACAUCGUUGAAGUUUUUACCAAUUUUUCUAAAAAUCUGUUUAUCAACAUUGUUCUAUUUGGGUGGAUUAACAAAGGGCAACUAUGUCGAACUUAAGCCGAGGAGAGGGUCGGAAAUCCAAAUUUGUAAGUCUAAAAAGUCCCUGGACGGGUGGUGGCACCAGCAAAAAGCUCGACAGAUUUGCCUCCGUGAGUCAGGGCAAAAAGAAAGAAAAAAGCAAGCAUCAUGGAAAAUCUGCAGCAAUACAAGAAGAAGGUACAGCAAUGCAGAUGAUGCCCGAUACAGUAGCAUCAAACCUUUCUGAACAUGACAUCCUCACACUGUUUGAAAAGAUGUUGGAUGACAUGAACUUGGCAGAAGACCGAAAAGAACCACUUAGAGGCAAAGACAUUAACGUGAAACGAGGAAUGGUCGUUCAGUGGUUAAAUAAAACAUCAAUUGUAAAGGGAGAACAAAGUACAACUCCACAACAAUUCAUACUGAAUUUAAACAACCUAACGUUGAAAGAUGAAGCCGGUACUCUCGGUGGGAAUGAUCGAAGGGAUCUGCUUCGUCUUCUUGAAUCACUCAGAGUGUCUUUGAACAGCAAUCCAUUGAGUUGGGUACAAAAUUUUGGAGCUGAAGGUCUCAAUAUUUUGUUACGGAUUCUCAAUGAUCAAUAUGACAAUAGCAGAGAAACUCAAGUCGAUCAGAAAAUCAAACAUGAAAUUAUUAGAUGUUUGAAAGCAUUUAUGAAUAACAAGUAUGGAAUCAGGGAUAUGUUUGAGAAAGAAAAUGGCAUUGUGACAUUAUGCAGAGCCAUAGACCCACAUAAUAAAUCUAUGAUGGCGGACACAGUAAAACUGGUUGCAGCAGUGUGCUUGCUUGAAGAUGGCCAUGACAAAGUCCUGACUGCCAUUACCGUUUGUCAUGAAAACUCUCUUCUCAAAUAUUCACCGAAUGCCAAUCGAUCGGGACCCGGUACCGCUGUCCUUGCUGCAGGAACAAGCAGAUUCGCUGCUAUUAUAGAAGGUUUGAGAAGCUCUGAACAACUUCCAUUACUCAGUGUCGCGUGCCUUCAACUUGUCAACGUACUCGUAUGCACUCCAGAUGAGUUAGAUUUUAGGUUUCAUCUUCGUAACGAAAUCAUGAGAGCUGGUCUUCUUCAUAUUUUACCUGAUUUAAAAAAGAGUCAAAAUGAAGAACUUCAAAUACAAUUGAGGGUGUUUGAAGAACAUAGGGAUGUUGAUUUUGAUGAUCUCGUCCAUCGAUAUCACGAAAUCAGAUCUGAAUUUGAGGAUAUGUCAGAAAUUUUUGAAGUAUUGAAGGAAUCACUUAUAGGAACAGGCAGUGAACAAUUUCUUCUCUCAAUUCUCCAACAUUUGCUCUGUAUCAGAGAUGAUGAAUGGGUCAAACCCCAAUAUUACAAACUUAUCGAAGAAUGCGUUUCUCAAAUCAUAUUACACAAAAGUGGAAUGGAUCCAGAUUUCGGAUAUCGACAAAGAUUUGAAGUUGAUGUUGAACCACUCAUCGAUAGCCUAAUUGAUAAAGCCAAAGUCGAAGAAAGUGAAUAUAAACUACAACAAUCUCAAAAACAGUUGGAAAGUGAAAUGACUGCAAGACAAGAAGCCGAAACAAAACUUAAUAAGAAAACCAAAGAAAUGUUAGAAAUUGAAGUUAAAUUACGAGAUUACGAAGCCGAAAUAAAAGAUUUGAAAGAGAAGAUCGCAAGUGGUGUUGUUGUUGCUUCUGCUGUUGGCGCCGCCGCAGGAGGCACAGCCGGUAAUAUUCCCCCUCCCCCACCACCCCCACCUGUGCCAGGUGGCGUGAUACCACCACCACCCCCUCCUCCUCCAGGUAUGGGACCUCCACCUCCUCCUCCCCCACCACCACCACCACCUCCUGGUAUGGGAAUUCCGCCCCCACCCCCUCCACCAGGUGCUCCACCUCCUCCGCCCCCACCACCAGGAAUGGGUCCUCCUCCACCACCCCCACCUCCAGGCGGGGCACCUCCCCCUCCAAUGUUCAGUGGACCUGCAAAACCAGCACUUCCAGGCGGCAUGUCUGAAAAGAAGAAGUAUAAACCGGAGACUAUUAUGAAACGUUUGAACUGGAAUAAACUUGCCGUUGCUAAAGUCAAGGACAAUAGUUUUUGGGUGAAAGCGAACGAAGAGCGUUACGAAAGCCCUGAUUUAUUUACAAGGUUAAUGGCAGCUUUCGGACAAAAGAAAAUUGUCAAAAAAGAUGCAACGCAAGCCAAGCCACAGAAAAAAGUUAAAGAGCUGAGAGUCCUCGAUUCCAAAAUGGCGCAAAAUUUAUCUAUUUUCCUGGGCACAUUGAAAAUGCCUUACGAACAAGUAAAAAAUAUGAUAUUAGAAGUUCCUCCAGAGCUAACUGAAUCAAUGGUCAAUAAUUUACUCAAGCAAUUACCAGAACCAGAGGCAUUGACAGCUGCUGCUGAACAGAAGAAACAUUACAAUGAACUUGUAGAAGCAGAACAAUUUCUUGUUGUUAUGAGUGAUGUGAAACGUCUUCAUCCACGUCUUAAUCAUAUAAAAUUCAAAUUACAAUUUGAUGAACUCAUCACUGAUAUAAAACCUCUUAUUGUCACGGCGACAGCAGCUUGUCAAGAUAUCAACAAAAGCAUGAAAUUCCGAAACUUUCUCGAACUCGUUUUAUUCGUGGGAAAUUAUAUGAAUUCUGGAUCAAGAAAUGCACAAACUAUUGCUUUUGAUAUCAGUUAUCUAACUAAGUUGAAAGACACCAAAGAUUCUGAUAACAAAAUCACAAUGUUACAUUUCUUGGCUGGUAUAAUUGAAGAAGGUAAAGAAAAGAAAUAUGCUGAUGUCUACGGAUUUAUUGACGAUUUACAACACACUGAAAAGGCUAGCAGAGUAUCUGAUGAAACGCUUCAGAAAAAUAUGGGACAAUUGAAAAAGAACAUCGAUCUUCUUGACAAGGAUUUGAAAACUUUUGCUUCCAAGAAUAAAAAUGACAAAUUUGUUGAAAUCUUAUCUGCUUUUGCUGACAAGGCUCGCGAAGAAGUUGUAUUAAUGAAAGACAUGUACGAUAACAUGAAGUCAAUAUACGAUGACAUCUGUGCUUAUUUCUGUAUCGAUCAGAAAAAGAAAUCAAUAGAAGAUUUUUUCUCAGAAAUGAAUCAAUUCCGUAUGGAUUAUCAGAAAGCUGUAAAAGACAAUCAGCAUCGUAAAGAAGUUGAAGAAAAACAAAGGAGAGCCAAAAUUGCUAAAGAGAAAGCAGAUAGAGAAAAAGAGGAAAGGAAGAAAAAGAAGAAAACUGGAGUCAUUGAUCUUAAUACCGAUGAUGAUCAAGAGGGUGUUAUGGAUAGUUUAUUAGAAGCUCUCUCAUCUGGAAAAGCUUUUAAAAAGGAAGGAAGAAGGAGAACGCCGAGAGGUGAUAAAGGGGAUAGAAGAGUCUUAGAUCGAUCACGUUCUAGGCGUCAUCUAACCGGCCAAACUUCAAGUACUUCUGUGGUUGUAACUCCUGAAAUCAACUUGGACAGUUUGACUGCUGAUGAUUUGGGAGCUUCCCCUUCAUUAGAAAAUUCAAACAGUGGGCCAAGGCGUAAAAAAUACACGUCUAUGCAGGCUGCUGCAGAAGCAGAUAAAAAAAGAAUGGGCCCUGGUUCCACCAGCUCUGAAGCACUACUCGCCGAAUUACAAAGUUUAUAAAAAUAAAUUAGUUUUAUUUUGUGUUUUUAUCUAGAAUAUUUUUUCUGAAAACUGAACGAAAAUUUUGGGAAAGGGUAAAAGUUUUUAAUCAUACUGCUGUCAAAUAUUGUUCCUUCAUAUUAAAUCUCUGUGAUGUUGGUUUUGUUCAGUGGAGUGUGACUGGUCAGAAUUGUCAAGAUAUGCAAUCACCUAUGUUUAGGGUUCGACAAAAUUGCAUGUUCACCCUUCAAUCAAGCUGCUUUGAUUAUCCUUGUAUCAGGAGUAAACGCAAAUUAUUUAUAUUGCGUGAAUAGUUCUUAGACAUAGGGUUCAGUUUUGCUAUUGUCAGUCUCUAUACAAUUACCCAUGUGCCCCUUUUUUUUCAAAGUUUAAUUUUCAAAGACAUAUUUAGUUGAAAUUAUUAUUGGAAUUUUUAUAAAAUAUUAUUGACUUUAAUUUUUUUCCAUCGCUGUCACAGCUGCCUUUGAAUGCCAGCCAAUCACAAAAAUUGAUCUCCUAUACAAAUCUAUUUUACUUAUUCUAUUCUGUAUCAAGUGUCUUUUUGCUAUAGUCCAUUCUACUUUUUCAAGCAUAGUGUUGUGUUCUGGAAAAAUUCGUAUCUUCCAUUCAUUUAUAACCAAGAGAAGAGUAAUUGAAAAAACUAUAUUUUAUGUUUCUCUAUAUCAACAUUUUUAUAAAUCAGUCAUUUUGAUUCUUUCCAAAUGCUUGACAUAACAUUCUGAAGCUCCUAAACUUUUCAAGUUUUUUAUGCAAAUUUUCUCGAAUUAGGGUUAGACCAAAAUUGGAGCCAAAGGACACGCAAAAAUUUACAUAUUAGGUCCAUUCCUGCUUUUACUUGAUUCCAAGGUUACAUGCAAUCAGUCGAUUUAAUCCUCUUCUCUAUCGUGGAGUCAUACUCAUUACAUUGACUUCUGUUUCAGAGAACCUCAAGUAACGUUUUUCUGCUGAGGAUUUGUAUCUGAUCAGGUCCCACUUCACUGCAUUUUCAUUAUUUAAAAAAUUUGCAUACCCGUAACAAUUUUAUUACUGUUUUUUUUUCGAAGUUGUUAUUCCUAUUAAACUUAUUUUAUUGAGAUCUGCAUGAUAAUCUGUUUUAAGACUUUAAUUUUAUUCAUACUAUUGCCUUUUGUUUCGUCAAUUUCAAUAACCAUUCUAAUUGAUCACCUGAACCCAUAUUAUUAACACGUCAGUAGCUUUUGAUUAGAUAUUAAGGAUUUUACUAUUGUUAGCUUCAGUCAAAUUCAAAAUGAUUUUGAAUGGUUUGAUUUACUGGGCUUGCACUUCAUCCAGUGUUGCUAAAUAUAUCGCCAUUGCACAUCUAUUACUAGAAUCUACUUUUCGAAUAAAUUGCAGCUUAAAUCGAUAUUA